CUCAAAUAAUGCAACAAAACAAGUUUAUAUUGACUUAGAAACAACAAUACUAAUGUUUUAACUCAGGAAACCUUCAGAAAUCAAUAUCUGGUGGAAUAAUCAUCAGGUUUUCUAUGGGGCUCAAUGCAAUGGGCUCUAAAUCUUUUCUAGAGAUCUAUAUUCAUAAAUAAUUCUGUCUGCACAUCCCUGUUUUCACUUCACUCACUCUAUCUCUGAUCAUUAUCUUUCAGUCAAAUCAGCGUUCCUCAUGCCAGGUUUCUGUGUAAAGCCAAAUUUCUGGGACAGACAGUAAUCAGUGAGAGGGCGUGGAUCACAUCAAACCUCCUGGUUUCUAACAAACUCUGACUUUGUGUGGAGACACUUUCACAGCCAUCAUGUUCCUCUCUGUGGUUCUGCUGCUGCUGCUGGUCAGAGAUUCUUACGCUUCACAUUUCUAUGGCGUCAUGAUGACCUACUACCCAAAGGCCUCUUACAUAAACGGAUCUACUUCUGUUGAGCUUCACUACAAAGUGAGCUAUGACCUUUGCACACACACUGACUCUUGGUCUUGCAGUGGAAACUGUGGGACUGAGACCCAGAUCCUUCCUUUAACCAAAGUUGAUGAAAUCAGUGGUGAAUGGUGCCAGAGAGAAGCAGUGACGUCUCGACAGCUGACCAGCAACUCUCCACUUACACUUGUAUUUGCUAGUUCAGCCUGGAUAAGUAAUGUGCAUGGAAUUGGAUCCUGGAGAGCUGUGACUAACGUUGAACUAAGGACCCGAUCUGACAUCAGCAAAGCCAACACAUCACCGCAGACAACCGUCCUCCCAGCUCUGAGAGUUCCUUAUAACUGUCAGAGAAACAUAAGCAUGUUGACCUUUGACCCCGAUGGAGACGAUGUUAGAUGCAGAUUUGCCUCCAGUGCCUUGUCAGAGUGUGUCACCUCCACGAAUCUGUCUGACCUCAGCAUCUCAUCUUCCUCUUGUACUUUAUUGUUCAGCUCAUCUGCAAACAGCAGCCAAGGUUCAUAUGUGGUCCAGAUGGUGAUGGAGGACUUUCCCCUGCAGACCAUCACUCUGACCCAAACUGGUGGUUCUCAGGUGCAGAAAACGACCAGUGAUGCCAUCAGCACAAUACCCAUCCAGUUUGUUUUAAAAGUGGACGCUGCAGCACCGUCCUGCACAGAAGGUCAAUAUCUGCCCAGAUUCCUGAGUCCAACUCCAAACAACAGAGCUCAGCUCUACACAUCAGUCAACCAGAUGCUGGUGAUCAUCAUCAGUUCACAGGCAACUCAAGCCACAUCAUCUGAGCUCCUGUACAGCGGGCCGUACAACGUAACUAAGAGUUCAUUGGGAUCAGGAAGCUUCUCUCUGACGUGGACACCAUCUGUGGCCGAAGGUGGAGAAAGUCACCCCAUCUGUUUCGUUGUCCAGGCAACAGUCUCCAGUUCUCGGUAUCAGUCUGAGCUUCGCUGUGUCAUUGUAACAGUUGGAAACAGUCCAUCAACAACUGCAGCUGCACCAACAACUACAACAACCCAAUCCCCAACUACUACCCAAUCCCCAACUACAACAGCUGAAUUCCCAACUACAACAACCCAAUCCCCAACUACAACAGCUGAAUUCCCAACUACAACAACCCAGUCCCCAACUACAACCUCUAUACUUAUUACUACAACCGAAUCCCCAACUACAACAACCAAAUUCCCAACUACGACAACCCCUAUACUUACUACAACAACCCAGUCCCCAACUACAACAACCCAAUCCCCAACUACUACAAUCCCCAACUACAACAACUGA